AUGACAUCAACGCGACAAGAGAGGUAUGCACGAGCAGAACCAAUCGGUACCACCGCAACAACAACAAUGACCAAAAUAGAUGAUGGUGGUCAUUUGCAGAAUCGAGAGUACUAUUUUGGUCAAGUUUAUGGUCCAGGACCAUUUAAAGGAAUUCUUUUUGGUCAAACUUUUCUACUUAUCUUUGCUGGUGUUGCUCUUUGCUUCUCAUUUAUUUUUCUUAUCGUUUUUCUUUUCGAAUUACAUCAAACUCAUCUUUAUUUUUGGCCAUGGAAAAUCUCUGAUUUUAUGUUUUCGAUGACCGCAUGCGCUUCGUACAUUAUUUUGGGCUUCAUCGAAGCGUACUAUUCAACAGGUGCGUGGGCGAAUAAUUGUAAUGAUGUUGGCGCAGAUGGUAUCAUUCAUAAUCAUUGUCGAACAAUUUAUGAAUGGGUCUUCGCAUCGCUUCUCUCAUUUUUCAAUGGAUUUUUGUAUGGGAUAAGUGCAUUUUUGGCCCAUCGCAAUCAAUAUAGUUGA